CUGCAAUUCCUCCCACAACCUAUUUUCGCUCUACACAAUUCUGUCGCCGUCUCGAUCAACUUGGGCCUGGUAUGUCUCUCUCUCCUGCUCUCCCUCCACCAUCGAAACCUCGUUUGCCUCCCUCCGCUUCCUCCCCCCCCCAUCUUCGUCCCUCGGGUUCGUUGGCUGAUCGAUUCUCUCUUCUCUCCACACAACCAAACAGCUUUGCGUCCUUGUUUCCUACCAAACACAUCCCUCUAAAAAUUUUCGAAACCAACGCGUUCGCCUCACCUCUGACCGUCGACCUUUCCCUCGAUUUGUCUUUCAUCUGAUCUGCUGGACUCGGCCUUGUCUUUCCCGUCUCAACCAGCUAUCCUCUUCUUCCAUAAUGCCUACGCCACUUCCCUCUAGUUUUGCCUCAGCCGCCGCCGGCAACAUCCACGACUCUUCCAACCGCAGAGGAGAUGGAGCUCCCGGUGGAGAAUGGUAUGCCUGCCCCCGUUCCUUGCCCAACACCUUGUCGCGCGUCCGUCUCCUCGUUUGCCAGCAGCCCCAUCCAAAUCCGGCCGGGGGCCUCCUAGUUUUGUGGUGGAACCAGAAAAACUGACAACUCAUUCCUAC